AUGGCCACCGAAACAAAUACAAACUAUGAUGCAAUCAUUGGUAAACUUCAAACAUUUUUAGAUAAUUUAUAUAAUAGAAAUCAAGAUACAGAUACUUUUUCAAGACCAACCAGAGCCCAAAUUGUCAAAUCAGCCAAAACCUUAUCACACGAAAUUACUAAAAAAAAUUUAAGAGCUGAGCCAAAAUUUUUCAGUUCAAUCGAGGAAACUUUAGACAAUGUAUUUUCAAUUUAUCAAGGACUUUCAGCAUAUUCAGGGGCAUCUUUAUUUAGAGCUAUUCAAAUUUGUUUUAGAAAACUUAUGAAAUCUACACAAGAGGUUUUCAUUGCAUAUAGAGACAACGAAUUAUCAUUAGGCGAAGACGAAGAAAAUAAAAUUUCAAAGCAAAUUAUAGGUUUAGCAUGGAAAUGUUGUGAAGAGUUUGAAAAGGUUCCAAUCAAAAACUCAACAUCAAUCAUCGAAAGAGGAGCUGAAAUUUCAUCACUUAUCGAAGAUGCACUUGACGAAGUUAAAGAUUUCCAAGAUAAAUUAGCAACCAUUAAAGAAAAAUAUGGUAUGGUUAAAAAAGAUAAAGAAGAAAUCGAUAAAGACGGAAAUGUUAAAUCAACAGUUGAUGAUAUCAGUAACGAUAACAAGAAAGACGAUGUUAAUGGCGAUUUCGAACAUGCUGAAGAAGAUGAAAAAGAAGACGAAGAAGAAUUUGACGAAGAUUUCGAAGACGAUGAUAUGGAGAUACUCAAAAAUAUAUCACAAAAAGAUAUCGAAUUAGUAGAUAAAGUUGUAGCAAUUAUUGAGAAAUCAAAUAAAAUUACCAAACUUUUUGUAGAAAUGUUAAAAUCUGUAGAACCAGCAGACCAAGACGAUAUCUCCCAAGAUUCAAUCGAAAAGGUUAAAGUUUCAGAAUCAAUAAUCAACUCUUUAAAUGAAUUAUCUAAAAACGUUGACGACAUUGCAAGCGCCAUUUAUCCAUUACCAAAUAUAACUUAUUGCGAAGCCCAAUUAUCAUAUUUAGAUAUUUCAAUUAAAAACAUUGUCGAUAGUAUUAAAAAUAAUUUUAAACUAUAUGGCUUUUCAUCAGAUAAAUACGAAUCAAAAUUAAAUAGUUUUUAA